AUGGUGGUGAGUGAGUCGGCUGGUGCGUCGGACAAGUCUGCUCCUACUCCGGCUCCGGCUGGGCCGGUUGUGGCUGUUCGUAGUGCUGGUGAUCAGGCUGCGGCGGCGGGAGGUGAGACCGAGCUGGGUCUCCGCUCGCCGCGGCUGCGUGGAACCAAGAAGCGCGACUAUGCGUCGAUGGCCGGCAUUGUGUCCAAGCCGAAGAAGUCUCAGGUCCAGAGCCUCCGCGCCAAGGCGCUGGAAAUGACUCUCGAGCUGGAGGGCCUGGUCAAGGGCGCGUAUGAGGAGGAGAUGAAGGAGAUGCUGUACCUCGAGGCUGGCGGCUCGCUGAUGGAGUACUCGUCGGAUCAUCCGGUCGCCGUUGAGGCCUUUGCCAAACACAUGGAAGCGGCAGCGGCAGCAGCGGCAGCAGCGGCGGCCAAGUCGCGGAGCAAGGCGACGGCGUCGAACCGCAAGUCGAGCGCGCAAAAGAAGGGCGGAGCGUCACACACGGCGGCAGCAACGCCCAAGUCCAACAAUGGGGCUUCCGCCGAGAAAGACCUUGUCUCGACCUCGCUCACGGCUGGUGGUAUGACCAUCUCGCUUGUUCCGCCCAAGAAGCCGACGCUUGCGCUGGCCGAGUUUACGGCUGUUGCUCGCUCGCUUGACGCUGACCGACUGGCCAAGGCCCACGAGAAGGCGCUUGUUCUCAACCGGGUGGCCGAGUUGCAGCGCGCCGGCGUGUGGGGCGCCAAGGUUCUUCCCAAGCUUCCAGAGCCGCCGCGCAACGAGACCCAGUGGGACCUCAUGCUCCGUGAGGCUGCGUGGCUCUGCAAGGACUUUACCCAAGAGCGCAAGUGGAAGACAAACCUCGCCAAGCAGAUGGCGCGCGGCGUGUCGGCGUACUGGAAGCGGGAGGCAGCCGCUGCCGACAAGUCCAAGAAGCAGGAACUCGCCGCCAUCCGGCGGGUGGCGGCCUCGAUCUCGCGCAAGGUCAUGACCUUUUGGGGCUCGAUCCACAAGCUCGCCGAGUACAAGCGCGAACAGAUUGCCGAGGUGGAGAAGCAGCGCCAGCAGGAGAAGCACCUGGAGGCCAUUGUGGGCACGACUGAAGCCUACGCCAUGUCGCUGGCGCAGGACCUUGCGUCGGCGUCACCAGCGUCGGGCCCGGCCACCCCGCAGCCGGCUAUCUCGCGCGCCUCUGUUGCCGCUGCUGCCGUCGAUGACCCGACCGAUGCCGACUUUGCGCUCUCGGGCUCGUGCUCGGGCUCGGGUUCGGGCUCGGACAGCGACGGCGAGGCCGGCACUUUGAAGGGCAGCGGCGGCUUUGCUGGCCUUCCGCCGCUUCUUCCGGAGGAGACCAACAUUGUGUCGCAUCUCGAGGCCGAGGCACAGAUUCCGCUGGAGGAUCUGGUGGAGACAUACGCGCCGCCCGAGGCGCUUGGGCGGGAGUCCGGCCCGGGCACGCCGGCAGCGGCGCGGUCCGGCGACGACGGCGACGACGACGACGACGCCAACUGGCUGGCGUCGGCGCUGACCGAGCGCGACGAGUCGACGGCUGAGGCCGACGACGAGUACACCUUUGCACACCUCUUUGCUGAGAACAACCCGUAUGACGAGGCAGCAUCGCGGGCCGGCCCGCCGGCGCCGACUGGCGCCGCUGUCGCGCUUGACGAGGCCUCACUCGCCAAGCUCUCGGACAAGGACCGAAUGGCGCUGGUGGCGCGGGCGGCGUCGCAGUUCCAGCCGUCGGGCGAGGACCUCGUCCGCUCGGCAGCGUUUGCCGCGCCGUCGGAGCUGCUCCGCGGCACGCUCCGCGAGUAUCAGCAGGUUGCAGUUGAGUGGAUGGUCACGCUCUACGACAAGAAGCUCAACGGCAUCCUUGCCGACGAGAUGGGGCUGGGCAAGACGAUCAUGACUAUUGCGCUGCUGGCGCACCUGGCGUCGGUCCGCGGCGUCUGGGGCCCGCACCUCAUUGUCGUUCCGACCUCGGUCAUUCUCAACUGGGACAAGGAGUUCAAAAAGUGGGCGCCGGGCCUCAAGGUCCUCACGUACUACGGGACCGUCAAGGAGCGCAAGGAGAAGCGGCUCGGGUGGUCGAAAAACAACGCGUUUCACGUCUGCAUCACCUCGUACAACAUUGUGCUCCAUGAUGCCAAGGCCUUCCGGCGGCAAAAGUGGCAGUACCUCAUUCUCGACGAGGCACACAACAUCAAGAACUUCAAGUCACUGCGCUGGCAGACUCUGCUCAACUUCAACACCCGUCGGCGGCUGCUCCUCACCGGCACUCCGCUGCAGAACUCGGUCAUGGAGUUGUGGUCGCUCAUGCACUUUCUCAUGCCGCACGUCUUCCAGUCGCACUCUGAGUUUAAGGACUGGUUCUCCACGCCGCUCACCUCGAUGGUCGAGGGUGCCGCCGCCGUCAACAAGGGCAUUGUCCGCCGCCUCCACACCAUUCUCCGCCCGUUCCUCCUUCGGCGGCUCAAGAAGGAUGUGGCAACCCAGCUGCCGCCCAAGCACGAGCAUGUUGUCCUCUGCCCACUCUCCAAGCGUCAGCGCUUCCUCUAUGAGGAGUUUAUGUCGCGCUCCAAGACCCGUGCCUCGCUGGCGUCGGGCAACUACCUGUCGAUGAUGAACGUGCUGAUGCAGCUCCGCAAGGUGUGCAACCAUCCGGACUUGUUCGAGGAGCGGCCCAUUCUCUCGCCUCUGGUUCUACCUUCGGUUGCCGCCGCCGCCGCCCGCAGCCUUCCGCGCCGCGUCACUGCCGCGCUGGUGCCCGGCGACGUCGCCGAGCUCAUCACCCCGUCAACGCUGCCGGGCACCUCGGUCUCGCUCUCACUGCUUGGCUUCAACAUUACCGAGCUGGCCGGUGGGAGCCUCGACGCGUCUGCGGCUGCCCGUGUCGCCGCCAUGGCUGCCUCGCUCCCGUCGUUUGCCUCGCUCUUGCCGGCGGCGCCGGCGCCGCUCUCGCCGGCGUCCAAGUCGUCGUCGAUGGCUCGCCAGUCGCAUUCGUACAAAAUGCGGGUGUACGCCGAAGACCUCGCGGUUGCCAACGCGCUUGACACCCGCAAUGCGCUCCUCUGCGCCGCUGGCCGGGUGCCGGUUGUUGACUGGCGGACCAGGCGUGCGGUUUGCCUUGCGCCGCUCCGCUCUCUCGUCCCUCUCGACUCGGGCUACGGCGCGCCGUUUGACGAGCACACCUUUGACUUUUCGAGCCUCCUGCGGCGGGCGGUGCUCUCGCACGCUCAGCGGAUGGCUGCGGGCCAGUUUUUCAUCCGCGAGUUUGUCUUUGCGGUUCCACCGGCGGUGGCGGUCGCUGACCCGCUCUCGGUCUCGGCGCUUGCGCCGAUUGCCGCCGGCGCAGUGGCAACUGCGCGGACUGCGGUCACCACUACGGUCCGCCGCGCGCCCGACGUGCUCGAGCCUGCUGCCGUCCGGCUUGCCCUCCACUUUCCAGACAAGCGGCUCAUCGAGUACGACUGCGGCAAGCUGCAGACGCUGGCGCGGCUGCUGGCCAAGCUCAAGGACGGUGGCCACCGGGUGCUCAUCUUUACGCAGAUGACCAAGAUGCUCGACACGCUCGAGAAGUUCCUCAACUACCACAACCACUCGUACGCGCGGCUCGACGGCUCGACCGGCAUCGAGGAGCGCCAGCGGCUGAUGGACAAGUUCAACGCCGACGAGCGGGUCUUCUGCUUUAUCCUCUCGACUCGCUCCGGCGGGCUCGGCGUCAACCUGACCGGCGCCGAUACGGUUGUUUUCUACGACUCGGACUGGAACCCGGCGAUGGACGCCCAGGCCCAGGACCGGUGCCACCGCAUCGGGCAGACCCGCGAGGUCCACAUCUACCGCCUCGUCUCGCAGGCUACCAUUGAGGAGAACAUUCUGCUCAAGGCCAACCAGAAGCGCAUGCUCGACGACAUGGUCAUUCAGGGCGGGAGCUUCACCACCGAGUUCUUCAAGUCGCCAGCCUCGCUGCAGGCGCUGUUUAGCGGCGAGAUGGCGGCGAGCAAUGGGAGCGACUCCGCGGCCGUCUCUUCUGAUCCGGUCGACCUCGAGGCUGCCAUGCUCCAGGUCGAGGACGCCGAGGACGUCGAGGCGCUGCAGCGGGUCCAGGGCGAGAUGCACGCCGAGAUGUCGGUCUUUGCCGACGAGAGCCCGAGACCUGCGACGGCUUCCGAGGCCAGCUCGGCCCUGCCGGGACCGGCAUCAGGAACCAUGCUUGCCGAGGCGACCGAACAGCUGCGGGCUGUCGACGACAUGGUGGCUGAGCUGCGGCCGGUUGAUCGGUUUGCGCUUGCGCUUGUUGAAGCUACUGACGCUGACGACAACGGCACGGCGACCGAGUCUACAACCGUGCGGCCCGGAUGGGAGCAGGCGCGGGUAGAGGCGCUGGAGGACGAGGCGCUCGAGCGGGUCGAGGCCGGGAGCGUGGCGCGCGGAGCAGCUGGAGCCAACGACGACGAGCUUUUUUUUGAGCUAGCGGAGAGCGCCGAGCAUGCAGAGGGGACCUCUGUGUGGGCGCCGGACAUGAGCCGACGUGACAAGGCUGUGGGAAGCGGGCUGUGGGAGAGCAUUGCUGCUGCGGAGCGGCGGAGCUUUUCGGCAGCCGACGGCACGCCCAUUCUCAUGUCCGAGUCGGAGCUCUCCGCGCUAUCGAUUGUGCCCCUCACUCGCGAUGUUGUCGACGAGUACCAAUACUACGCGCAGCACGGUGACGUACCGGAGCUGCUCCUGCUUCAUGGCUACGGGCCGCAGUCGAAUGCGCUGCCGGUGGCCAUCCUCAAGGACGCUCGCAUGCUCAAGCGGGCGAUGAAGCAGGCUGUGGUUCAGAGCCAAGUCGGGACGGCGGCGUCUGCGGCGCUGGCCCGGAGCGGGCACCCGCCGCAGCCGUCAUUGGCCAAGACGCUGCGCGCGCUGGAGCGCCUGCGCGAGGCCGAGCGCGAGAAGAAGGACGGUGCGGCGCGGGCAGCCAAGCGGGCGCGGCGCGAGCUCAUUCUCGUUGUUCCGCGCAUUCCGUGGACGCCGGCCGAAGAGUCUGCGCUGGAGGAUGUGGUCGGGGCGCUCGGGCGCAACUGGAUGCUUGUGGCCGAUGUUCUUGCGUCGCGCGAAGUCUCGCCACCGGGCGUUGUGCGGACGCCGCAGGCGUGCAUGGACCACGAACACUACCUGCGCAAGGGCGUUUACCCGUCGUCGAACCAGACGCUGCGGCUGCUGUCGGGUGACUCAAUUGACUCGGCUGUUCACGCCUCGGCGCCUUUGGCCGACCCGCUGCGGGCGCCGGCGCCGCCGCUCGGCACCAUUCUCACUGGCCCGGGCACGGUGGCUGACGAUGCUUCGCAGCUCGGCGGAAGCUCCGGCCGCGACCCGGACUCGGACUCGGACUCGGACUCGGAUGACGACGACAGCAUUGCGGCGCGACCGACCAAGGCGCGGCGGACGCUGCUGGCCGUCGGCCAGGUUGCGCUGGACCGAGCGCGCGCGGCGCGGUCCAAGACCAAGACGCCAUCGCUCGCUGACGUGCACCUCUCACACACCGAAGCCGCUAGGGCUGCGGGCGUCAAUGCAAUGCUACCGGCCGGGCCGGCAGCGAUGGCCAACCGCCGCGCCGAGGGGCUCAUCAAGCGCGAGCUGAUGCGGAAGCAGAGUCACGCCAAGCUCGAGAUGGAAGUCUCGAACAUCAUGCACGGCUCGGUGCCGAUGGGCAUGCAGAUGGCGCGGCAGAUGGUUACGUCGGGUGAGUUUGCCAAGACCGACGCGACGGCGCGCGGCGACACCCGCGCCGCACGGGCCAUGUCCAAGGCAGCACAAGCGGCGCAGGCUGCACACGACCCGUCCGGCUCGCGACACUCGGCGGCGCAGGCUGCGGCGGCAGCGCAACCGCAAGUGCAAGCACAGGCAAAUUCGCGGUCACGGCAUGCGGGACAGCUGACGCAGCAGCAAGAGGAGCAGUUCAAGCAGCUGGCACAGAACGCUUUCAAGAAGGCGGUGCGUGAUGCACUUGCCCGCGGCGCGUCGCGCGAGGAAGCCAAGCAUGCCGGCCGUGAGGCGGCCAAGGCCGCGCUGGUCUCGGCCGGCCCGGCGCUUCAGCGCCAUGUGCAGGCGCAGCAGAUCGCCAAGGCCAAGGCGGCCAAGGCGGCGGCGGCCAAGGCGGCGGCGGCAGCGCAGCUCGCCGGCGGCGGCGCGCACCUCGGCUCGUCGGUCAACGUUCGCAUUGGCACGCCGUCGGCACAGGAGGGCGGGCCCUCCAAGGUCGUGCAGCUCGGCUCGGCGUCGGCGACGCAGGGCCAGAAGCUGCGGCGCAUCAACGAGGCCAUGUCUGAGCAGAUGGCCGGGACGAGCGGCUCGACUGUAAGCGCAUCAGCGUCCAAGUCGGGGCGGGCGUCGUCGCGAGCGCGGACUCGCAAGCGCAAGCGCUCGCCGACCUCUGUCACGCCUGCUGGCAAGGACGGCAGUGCCAAGGGCGGAAGCAAGGGCCGCAAGCGCUCCAAGACCUCGCGGACCAAGGGACACGGCGGCGGAGCCGCGACACAGCUCCCCAUUGCCCCGCCACCUGAGACCGAGGCGAGUGGCGGCGGCGCAGUGACCUCGUCGCUGCCUGCACUUCCAUCAAUUCCGGCGCCAAUCACUAGCUUUGGCUCGUUUGGCGCGACCGGCCUUUCGAACACCUCGCCGCUCCUCCCGUCGCUCGGCGGCGAGCUGCAGGGUGGCUCGGUGCCGACUUCGGCGCUGCCGCAAAUUCCGUCGGUCCCACAGGUGGCCAUGGGCGGAAGCUUCUCGCACGGGCUGGGCGGGCACAGUGAGCUCGGGCUCGGGCACUCACAGCUCCAUCUGCAGCAACAGCAGCAACAGCAGCAGCAGCAGCAGCAGCAGCAGCAGCAGCAACAGCAGCAACAGCAGCAACAGCAGCAGCAGCAACAGCAGCUGUCACUGCUCCUCCAGCAGCAGCAGGCGCAAGCACAAGCACAGGCGCAACAGCAGUUGGCAGCACGUGCCGCCGCAGCACGUGCACAGCAGCAAUCUGGGCGGCACCCCACAGCGGCUGAAAUCUCAUCCAAGGCCACGGUCCUCAAGCAGCGGACUAAGCAGGCACUCGACGAAAUCAAGGCCGCGGUGGCGUCGGGCCAGCUCUCGCGCGAGCAGGGCCAGCAGCGAACCGACGCUGUUGCCAACCGGUACCGGCAGUACGCGCAGAUCCUGCGGAAGCAGUUCCAGGAGGAGCAGGCGCGGAUGCAGAGUCUUGCCAACGGCGGUAGUGGCGGCGUGCCUCCAUAAGGAGAGGGCGGGAAAAGGGUAAAUGCCGGUGUAAGAUGUA